CAUCGACAGCAGCUUUUAAACAUCAGAAAUGCAACGAUUCAGUGCUUGCGUGGUGAUUGGCAUUUGCCUAGGGGUCUGCUUAGCGAUUCCAGCAGGGAUAAGUGAAGAACAAAUUACGGUUCCGUCCGCCAGGCAAGCGGAUGGCUCAAUUGGAAACCUUUUGGUGUCUUUCAUUCGGCCUAUUAUACAGGGUGUUACUUCUUUCUUGACCAACGUUCUCAGACCGGACAACCGAACUCAGUCACAAUUUGAAGGGUUUGUAGUACCAGGGCAGGGUCAGGAAACUCCUUUCGUCUUGCUCACUCAGAAUGACGAUAAUGCGAAUCUCCUCAAAAGCUCCCUGGGCGAAAAAGUCCCAAUCGAAGAACCCGGCACUCAAGACAGGGUUUUGUAGAACUAGAAUCGCAAAUAAUGAUUGACAUUUGUUAAUCCUUAUGUAAAUAAUCCUUGCUAUUUAUAAAAUAAACUAUUUAUUACAUUAA